AUGAAAACCUUCGUGCUUCUAGUUGCCUUGUUUGCUGUCGCCAGCGCGGAAUGGAUCGACAUCGAUUGGUCCAAGGUGCGCCCGAUCGAGGAGUUCGAUCACUACUGGGCUCGUCUGCCGGCGGAAAUGCAGAUCUACCGUCACGCUAGACCAUCGCACCGUGUCGUCGGAGGACAGGAGGCGACUCCCGGCCAGUUCCCGUACCAGAUUGCUCUGCUGAGCGAGUUCAUCAUUUCAUCUGGACUGUGCGGAGGUUCCGUCUUGACCAACAACUUCAUCCUGACCGCUGCUCACGGUUUCGGUCGUACCUCGGACGCUUCAACGGCUGUCUCGCCAGUUGUGAUGUUCACCUCUAACCCAGUGAUGACGGAAGCGGACUGUAUUGCUCAAUGGAAUAACGUUCUGAUUGAGCCUCAGAACGUGUGCAUGAGCGGAGAAGGCGGUCGCUCUGCCUGCAACGGAGACUCUGGUGGCCCCCUGGCUGUCCAGGAUGGUGGUGCCAGCCUUCAGAUCGGUAUUGUGUCCUUCGGAUCCGCUGGCGGCUGUGCCAUUGGCAUGCCAUCAGUGUACGCCCGCGUGUCUCACUUCCUGGCAUGGAUUGAGGAGACCUCGGACUUCGUUGCCAAUCCCUAA